CAAAGUUUAGUUCAGCGUCUAAAAAUCCCGACGCGAAUAUAUUUCGAACGAUAUUUCAAAAUUUUUCGCGAGUUUAUGUUUAUAGUAUUUAUGUAACGUGAUUGCACACAAUGGAUUUUAAUUUCAAGAUUAUUGGGUUAAUUAUUUGUAUUUAUUUUACAUUUUGUUCGGGAUAUAACGAGGAAUUGAAAAUAAAAGGCGAACUUCGAAAAGCUUGUUCAAAACGUGGACACAUACGACAACCAGAACGACGUGUUAACACAACUACAAGACUAAUCGAACUCAGAAAGUUAAUGAAAUCCGAAUUAACUUUGGGAACCUCUGCCAUCGACGCGUACAUCGUAUUUUCAGGAGACGAACAUCAGAGUGUGGAUUGCGACGAAUACGAUCGAAGAAGAGAAUACAUUUCAGGGUUCAGUGGUUCCUAUGGUGACGCCAUAAUAACUCAAGAGAAGGCCGUUCUAUGGACGGAUGGAAGAUAUCAUCUACAAGCAGAUGAACAAAUAAAUUGCGGCUGGCUGCUGAUGCGCGAAGGACAUAAAAGUAUUCCUACUAGAGCACAGUGGCUUAAAGAACAGUUACCAUUUGGUGGACGAGUUGGUGUUGAUCCCAGAAUCAUAUCUGAGUAUCAGUGGUUGGAGUUGAAAAAUGAGUUCUUGGAAGGACAUUUAAAACUAGUGGCAUUAAACGUAAGUUUAAUAGAUAUAAUCUGGAAACCAGAGGAAAGGCCAAAGAGAAGAAAUAAGGACGUUUUCGUUUGGGACCUUCAAUAUGCAGGCAAAAACUACUCAAGAAAACUGUCGGAAGUGCGAGAUGAGAUGAAAAAAGAGGGCGCGGACGCAAUGAUCGUUACGGCCUUGGACGAGAUCUCGUGGUUGCUGAACAUCAAGGGCAGAGACGUGCCCUACAGUCCCUUCGUCAGAAGCUACGUCAUUAUUGAAAAGUAUGACGUAUAUCUCUACGUAAACCGAAGCCAAUUGGUCAGGAACAACGUGACGCAAUAUCUGCAAGCGCCGAUGCCUUUUACUGUCACUGACACCGUCAUAAUAAAGGAUUACCAAGACAUUUGGCCAGAUUUAAGAACGAAAUCGCAGAAAUACGAGAAAAUCUUGGUGCCUACUAAAUGCGUUUACAGUGCAGGGGCAAGUCAUGCAAUUUACACUCAUAUUCCUGUUAAUAAAAUCUUGCCUCGCCAAUCGCCAAUUGUUUAUUUAAAAGCAAUAAAGAAUCCAGUGGAAAUUAAAGGAAUGAGGCAUGCGCAGAUUGUAGACGCUGCAGCUUUAUGCGAUUGUUUGGCAUACUUUGAAAAAAGAUUUUCUCUAGGAGAUAGUUUCACAGAAAUGGACAUGGCUAAAAUUUUGGACACCUACAGAUACGAACAAAAUUUAAGUCUGGGAAACAGCUUUAGAACAAUAGUUGGAUUUGCGUCAAAUGCUGCCCAACCCCAUUACGAACCAACUGUAAAUACAAACUUUAAAAUAUUUGAUAAUAGCACUGUGGUCUUGGAUUCUGGAGGCCAAUAUUUUAGUGGUACCACUGAUGUAACUAGAACGCUUCACUUUGGCACACCAACUGAAGAUGAAAAAGAAGCGUAUACAAGAGUCCUUAUAGGAAGCAUACAAUUGUCGACAUUAAUUUUUCCCAGUAAUAUGAGAAUGUCCGGUGUUGAUGUGUUAUCAAGAUCGCCUUUAUGGGAGGUGGGCUUGGAUUAUUUACAUGAAACCGGACAUGGGAUUGGCGCAUUUUUGGAAGUACACGAAUCUCCCAUUAAGAUUCAUUAUAAUUCCGAUGUAAGCAGUCAGCAAGAGUUCAAACCAGGAUACUUUUUUUCAAAUGAACCUGGUUUAUACCGAGAAGGAGAAUUUGGCGUAAGACUUGAAAAUAUAUUGGAAGUCAUAGAGAAACCUUGGCUUCCACACAGCUCUGGUCACGAAUUUUUGGGAUUUAAAAUCAUUACUUUGGUCCCAUACGAACCAAAAUUAAUAAAACUCAGUUUACUCUCCGUUCAACACAGAAGGUGGUUAAAUCAUUAUAACGAGCAAGUUAGGAUCCACGUGGGCACGGAAUUAAAAAGACAAAAUAGAAUGGAAGGGUUUUAUUGGAUGAUGUCGAAAACUGAACACAUUCCAGAAUAUGGUCACAGUAACAUUAUUUCCAGCCAACCAGUAAUUAUAUGUUUAGCGAAUACGUUUUUGUUUAUACUAUUUAUUAUUUAAAUAAAAUGUAAAAUGAUUUAUAUUUUUUUGCUGUUAAAAUUAACUCUUUAUACCUCUAUUUUGGAUUUACCCAACUUUUUUUAUUUUGAAACAAAUUAAAAAUUACUGUACUGUACAUUAUUAGAAAAGAUCUGUGUUUAAACCUCAAAAUUGUUCAAAUUGGCAGUAAUUUUCGUGAAACUUUAUGUAAAUCGGGGUCCUUAAUCCAAUGGAAAAGGUAUCAAGUACCUACAUAAUAUUUUAAAUUAAUAUCAUAGAUGCCAUCAAUAUUUUCUUAAGGACAUAAUAUUUUUUAUUAAUUUCGAGGGAUG